GGCUAUAACAUUCCCUUCAAAGCCAAAGCAUUCUUCAGUUCUGAGACAGUGAAGAAGAAUAACUAGAAGUUCACUUGUGAGAGAAGCAUAUUCAGAAAAUCCAGAAAUGGAGGCUCCAUUGAAAUUCCUGUGCAUUCUUGGGAUGCUAGUAGUGUUUGUGAGCAUUGGAGGGUUUGAGAGAGUUGAGGGUGCAGGGGAAUGUGGGAGGUCUACCACACCAGAUAAUGAGGCUCUCAAGCUUGCUCCUUGCGCUGCAGCAUCUCAAGAUGCAAGUGCUAGUGUCUCUCAAAGCUGCUGCGCUCAGGUCAAGAAAAUUGGGCAGAACCCUGGCUGCCUCUGCGCUGUUCUGCUCUCCAACACCGCCAAAAGCGCUGGAGUCAAGCCGCAGAUCGCCAUCACCAUCCCCAAGCGCUGCAACUUGGCUAACCGACCUGUUGGCUACAAGUGUGGACCCUACACACUUCCUUGAGAGAGACGCAGAGAACAAGGAGGACAAGGCUUAAAGAGAACAAUAGCUGUUAGCUAUAACUGACAAUAAUCGUGCUGUAUUCUCUUGUAACUUUAAUAAGAGCUAGCAGCUUUUCUGUGUCCAUCCUUUCAAACACGACAUUCUAGUUUUCAGUGUCUCUGGUGUUGUUUUCAAUAGCCCAAUCCUUGUAAGUUGGAUUAAUCCCUUCUCUGUGUUUCAAAAAAAUAAAUAUGAGUAUCUACUUCUUACCUUUAA